GGGUAGCAACAGUUGCCUCGAGACCCCGUCGCGCCAUAGUGACUGUAGCCGUGGAGACAGUUACUUACCAACGGGCUCAGCAACACACUCAGCAACAGCAGCAGCAGCAGCAGCAUCUGGAAGAAGUCAUCGAGUGGGAGAGAGGGGAAAAAGAGAGAGCAGAGCUGAACUUUUACUCAAGGCAAAGCAUGCAGAGCUCAGAAGGAGGGUCAGACACCACGACCAGCGUGGCAGCGCUGCGGACGUCAUCAUCAGCUCAGGCCCCUGUGGUACAACCUGUCCCAGCCUCCCAGCAGAGGGUGCUGGUUCAAGCUACAGGCUCAGCUCAGAAGGGAGGACAAGUACAGCAGCUUUCAGUACCCAGGGUUCAACAGGUCUCUCAGCAGGUGCAACAGGUGCAACAUGUCUACCCAUCCCAGGUCCAAUACGUAGGAGAAAGCGGAGAGACUGUUUACACCAAUGGAACUAUCCGAACGGCCUACUCCUACAACCCUGAGGCUCAGUUGUACGGGCAGAGCAGUGGAGGAACCUACUUUGACUCGCAGGCCGGUGGAGCUCAUGUCACCACGGUGGUCUCCUCUGCCGGUGGCGGGGUGCCCCCUCAUGGCAUGGUGGGCAUCGCUAUGGACGUGGGCAGCAGCCACAUCAUCUCCAGCGGAAGCACCUACCUGAUUCAUGGAGGAAGUAUGGAGGGAAGCCGCAACCACAUAUCACACUCGUCGCGCUCCUCCUCAGCUAUGCUUGAAAUGGCGAUUGAAAACCUCCAAAAGUCUGAAGGAAUUGCAAGUCACAAAAGCAGCCUGCUCAACAGCCAUCUGCAGUGGCUGCUGGACAACUAUGAGACAGCGGAGGGAGUGAGCCUGCCCCGCUGCUCCCUGUAUAACCAUUACUUAAGGCACUGUCAGGAACAGAAACUGGAUCCGGUCAACGCAGCAUCUUUCGGCAAGCUCAUCCGCUCAGUCUUCAUGGGCCUGAGGACCCGCCGCCUCGGCACCAGAGGCAACUCUAAGUAUCAUUACUAUGGCAUCCGGGUUAAGCCAGACUCGCCGCUGAACCGGCUGCAGGAAGACACCCAGUACAUGGCGAUGAGGCAGCAGCCUGUCCACCAGAAACAGAGGUUCAAACCUCUACAGAAGGUGGACGGUAUGUCUGACAGCCUGUGUGGGAGCUCUCAGCACUGUAACAGCACUCCAGAGCAGUCCGUGGCUGCUCAGAGCCAACACCACCAGCAGUACAUAGAUACGUCCCACUCCUUGCCUCCAUUUCCCAUUCCUGACAUGGGCACCAUGCCUCUGCCUGAGCGCAUCAACAUGAAUGAUAUCAAGAAGCUGCAGACACUCUACAGAGACCACUGCGAGGCUACUUUGGAUGUGGUGAUGAACCUCCAGUUCCACUACAUUGAGAAACUCUGGCAGACCUUUUGGUAUUCAACACCGCCAUCUAGUGACGGAAAUACCACCAUCCCCAACAGUGAUGACGACAUGGACGGUGUGAUCCCCAGAGAGAUUCUAGUGGCUCUGUGUAAAUAUGAACCAAUCAGACUAUGGAUGAGGAGCUGUGACCACAUCCUUUACCAGGCUCUGGUAGAGAUCCUCAUCCCUGAUGUGCUGCGUCCUGUUCCCAGCACUCUCACUCAGGCCAUCCGUAACUUUGCCAAGAGUCUGGAGGGCUGGCUGACAAACGCCAUGACCAACUUUCCUCAAGAGAUUAUCCGCACCAAGGUGGCGGUGGUCAGUGCGUUUGCCCAGACGUUGAGACGUUACACCAGUCUGAAUCACCUAGCCCAGGCAGCUCGCGCCGUCCUCCAGAACACCUCCCAGAUCAACCAGAUGCUCUCUGACCUCAACCGGGUGGACUUUGCCAACGUCCAGGAGCAGGCGUCAUGGGUGUGUCAGUGUGACGAGAGCGUGGUUCAGCGUCUGGAGCAGGACUUUAAGGUCACCCUGCAACAGCAGAGCUCUCUGGAUCAGUGGGCUACCUGGCUCGACAACGUGGUCACUCAGGUCCUGAAGCCUCACCAGGGCAGUCCCAGCUUCCCCAAAGCUGCACGCCAGUUCCUGCUUAAAUGGUCCUUCUACAGCUCCAUGGUGAUCAGAGACCUGACCCUGCGUAGUGCAGCCAGUUUUGGCUCUUUCCACCUGAUUCGCCUGCUGUAUGAUGAAUACAUGUUUUACCUGGUGGAACACCGUGUGGCUCAGGCCACCGGAGAAACUCCUAUUGCUGUCAUGGGAGAGUUCAGUGACCUGACCUCUAUGAUGCCAUCACUAAUGGAAAAAGAUGCGUCCUUCUCUGAUGAGAUGAGUGACCUUGGCAGUGAUGCCGAUGCGUCCAGAGGGCCUACUGAACCAGCUGUAAAGAGAGAGAGGAUUGAUAUGAGCCACCCUCUGCAAGAGAUGUGAGUGACCCUAAUAGUGGCUUUUGGGGCCGAGCACACUGCGUCCUCCUGCAGUCAGUGGGUGCAAUGUACAUAGAAAGGAAAGUAGCAAUGUCAGUCCUCCCCUCACUAGCGUUUAUUUACGGCGGUGAUCUUUCUCCCAGGAAGCUCAGUUUUCUUUAUUCACAGGAGUGUAAUACAGGUCUGAUUUUCUUUCCGUUUUUGUUGCAACUGUGAAUGACUUUGUGCAGUACCUUUUUAUUGGAUGUGUAACUUUGAGUGGCGGUGUGUGGUGUUUGUGAUUCUUCUCCUCUCUCUUUUUUUUAAAUCUUAACUAGCUGUGCCAUAGUGUCAUUUGAGUGCCUUAGAUCGCUAACUUUGAAACCACCACUACAGAUGUCUAUCUGUCCCUCAGCUGUGCCUCUACCGCAGUAUGAAUGUAUUGUCUCCAAACCUCAGACAUUCAAAGCACCUUUAACAUUGAUUAGGUGUGUAUACUCCUUGUUGCCUCUGCUGCAGCUCGUAGCAAACACACACACACACACACACACACACACACAC